UCUUUUACCGGUGGGCCGGUAUUUCCUCCCACUUGUUCGAGCCUUCUGAGAGGGAGAGGGAGAGAGAGACCAUCGUCGUUUUGAUAUCCACACAAAAACACUCAAAAAAACGCCCUUUAACUGUAAACCACCCAUACACCAAUCAGGUAAUAAAUUAAACGGUUUUUGUUUCUUCUGUAUUUUGGGCCCAGUACCCAUUUGUUCUUGUGCUUGAGAGAGAGACACACACACAGAGAGAGACGGGCAUUGAGGUUUCUGUGGGUGGAGGACGAUUUUGUGAGUUGUGAUGGAGAAGAAUUUGAUGGACUGAAGAAGACCCCACAACUUCCUAAGCUCCAUCAUCAUCUUCUUCAUCAGUCUCCAUAUCUUUCUUCAGCCCACCAAGGAUUCUCUUGUCUCAGUCGUUUCUUCAAUAAGUUUGCUUUCUUUAAUAUUUUACUUGGUGCACAAAUCUUUAGUUGUUGGUUACACCUAAUUUGGAUUCAAGUCCAACUACCCAUAUAUUGUUUCCCACCUCAUUGUCUUCCAAGAGUUGUUUGAUUCGCAAGAACUCAGAGAUUUGGAUAAAGGGUCUUUGUAUCUAGACUCAUACCCAACUUCCAUUGGGAUUUUGAGGUGUCAGAAACCCAUAACUGAUCUGAAUGCCCACCUUCUUAUUCUCUCUGUUCCAACAAUUCCCAUUUACUCUCUUUUUCUAAUAUUUAUUUUCUAUAUAAUUUGACAGCUGUUUAGGGUCAAUCUAUAAAAGGUCUUGUUUAUGAUCAUAGCCAGUGGUAGUCAUUUUUUAAGGAAAUUUUUUACUUCCUUUGGAUUUUAGACUGAAUUCUGUGAGUUUCAGCCAUGCUUAUUCAUGAGCCUUGCGGAAUCAACUGGUGACCCUCUUUGAGUUGUCUACUUUGACGAGGCCCCACUUCUGGGUUUUGGUGGGCUUCGUCAAAUCAAUAAAACCCAUAAUUUGAAAGGGGUACUGCAUCUCUUUUUGAGUGGGAUUGAGAAGAAAGAGAAGACAAAUCUGUGUCUCCUUAUUUACCAUUGCUUUUCCACAAUUGAUGACUCACUUUUGAUCUCCCCUUAGUAUUUAUGUCCAACUUUUAUCCUACCCAUAAGACUAUUACCUUUGGCAAAUGCUUUUCUUCUUGAUCACUUGCUUUUCCUUCGUUCUCUUCCACAAAUUUCUUUCCCUGAAGCCACUUCCACAGUGGGCUUGUGAGAUGAGAUUGAUAACACCCUGGUUUUGGAAAGAUUUCCCAUUCUUUCUUGUGAUCAAGUGGAUAAAUAAUAGUCUUUCAGUUAGUAUCACCUUAAUACCCUCAAAAAUGUCAAUCAAGAAGGCGGCUCUUGCUUCAAAAGUUGAGAAUGUUGAGCUAAAUGGAGAUAUGUCCCUUUUAGAUUUGCCUGAAUUGGUAUUGGAAUGCAUUCUUGAGAGGCUUCCACCAGAUGGGCUUUGUAGGAUGGCUGGUGUUUGUAGUUCUUUAAGGGAGAGAUGUAUGAGUGACUAUCUCUGGGAAAAACACAUGAAACAGAAAUGGGGUGGAAUUAUUGAUUCAGCCGCGUUCCGGGAGUGGCAGUUUCAUGUUGCCUCAAGAAAAGAUUUGAGCUUCUUUGAGCAAGGCAAUCAAAGAGGCUUGAUGGGUUAUCUCUAUAAGCUGUGGCCUCUUUCAUUAGUUAGAUCUAAUUUUGAAAAUAAUAGCACGAGGAAGAAUUCUCUGCCAGUUGAUUCAAUUAUGCAUUGGUAUCUUGCCCUUGAGGCCGGCAAGUUCUGGUUUCCGGCUCAGGUCUAUAACCGCGAGAAUGGGCAUGUUGGAUUUAUGUUAUCAUGCUAUGAUGCCAAGCUUAACUAUGAUCCCCAUACGGGUACUUUCGAGGCCAGAUAUCCACCACAUGGUAGGAGGUCAGUAGCAUUAGAGAGUGGGGUGACAUGGGAUAGGAUAAGGGCACCCCCUGUUGGUACAUCUCCCCAUGAUCUUCAUAUUUCUGAUUGUUUGAAUGAAUUAUGCCCCGGUGAUCACAUUGAGAUUCAGUGGAGAAGAAACAAAGAAUUCCCCUAUGGCUGGUGGUAUGGUGUUAUAGGCCACUUGGGAUCUUGUGAUGGGAAUCACAGUCACUGCCGUUGCCAUGAAAGUGAUAUGGUGGUGCUAGAGUUCAACCAGUAUGUUCCUGGUUCACGGUGGAGAUGCACGACGAUCAACAGGAAAGACCAUCGAGAAAAAGGAAAUGAAGUCGAUGGAUUUUAUGGAGGAAUGAGGAAAAUUCACAGUACUCACGAAAUUUCCACAUGGAAGCGGCUUUGGCCAGCUGAAGUCUUGGAAUAGAUCAACCAAAAUGCUCACUGCAACUGUAUUGCGUUUCGAACAUAGAUGACAUCUUUCCUCUCUAAAUCACAACUUGGGGGUUGGUCUGGGGAAAUAGUAAGAUUGUUCUAUUGUAAGUUGAGCGUUGUGAGAUGAAGUGAUGAAAGUAGCUACUCUGCAUCGUUGGAGGAGGUACAAUUACAUAUAUCUGACCAGUCCAAAAAUUUGUAGUGAGAGAGGUCUUGUAUGGAGCUGCUUUUCGUUGGGAGAAUUCAUAUGGCGAAUAUGCAAACUGCCUCCCCAAUCUUGAAAGUGAUGUAUAACUACCAUGUUACAUAUAAUCUUGAGUGUACAUUGUUUGGUUAUCUAGAAUGGAGAACAAAAUAGAAGUGCUUGAUUGAUUUUUUUUUAAACAGAAACAGUAAAUA